AGCGCCCGGAUCCCUUUGGCUGUUGCGCCACCUGCGGCUCUGGCUGCCGCUGUCAGUUGGGUGGCUGGGUCCCAACAUGGCGUCGGCGGCCGCGGGGGCGGCUGUGGGGUCCGGGUCCGGGUCGGGCGGAUGGAAAUACUGAUGACGGUCCGGAGACUCGCCUCCAUCUGUACCAUGGGCGCCAAUGCCUCUGCUUUGGAGAAAGAGAUUGGUCCUGAACAGUUUCCUGUGAAUGAACAUUAUUUUGGCUUGGUCAAUUUUGGCAAUACCUGCUACUGCAACUCAGUCCUACAGGCACUUUAUUUUUGUCGUCCGUUUCGGGAAAAAGUUUUGGCAUACAAGGUCCAGCCCCGGAAGAAGGAAAGCCUCCUUACGUGCCUCUCCGAUCUCUUCAACAGCAUUGCCACACAAAAGAAGAAGGUGGGAGUCAUCCCACCCAAGAAAUUUAUUUCCCGGUUGAGGAAAGAAAAUGAAUUAUUUGAUAAUUAUAUGCAGCAAGAUGCACAUGAAUUCCUAAACUACCUACUAAACACUAUUGCUGACUUACUGCAAGAAGAGAAAAAACAGGAGAAACAGAAUGGCAAACUCCAGAAUGGCAGCAUUGAGAGUGAGGAAGGAGACAAGACUGAUCUGACAUGGGUCCAUGAAAUCUUCCAGGGAACACUAACCAACGAAACCAGAUGUCUUAACUGUGAAGCUGUUAGUAGCAAAGAUGAGGACUUCCUGGACCUAUCGGUUGAUGUGGAACAAAAUACAUCAAUUACGCACUGCCUAAGGGGGUUCAGUAAUACUGAGACUUUAUGCAGUGAAUAUAAAUACUACUGUGAGCAGUGUCGCAGUAAACAGGAAGCACAGAAGAGAAUGAGAGUGAAGAAGUUGCCCAUGAUUCUAGCUCUGCACUUAAAAAGGUUCAAAUACAUGGACCAGCUGCACCGAUACACCAAACUCUCCUACCGUGUAGUCUUUCCCUUGGAGCUUCGGCUCUUUAAUACUUCAGGAGAUGCUACAAACCCUGACAGAAUGUAUGACCUUGUGGCUGUAGUUGUUCACUGUGGCAGCGGUCCAAACCGUGGACAUUAUAUCACCAUAGUGAAGAGCCAUGGCUUUUGGCUGCUAUUUGAUGACGACAUUGUAGAGGCUGGACAAAACUCUUGAGUAUAUUGGUGAAAACAAUCCCGCUAUGGAAGGGGGAGGAGACAAGAAAAUUGAUGCCCAGGCCAUUGAAGAAUUCUAUGGGUUAACAUCAGACAUUUCCAAAAACUCAGAAUCCGGAUAUAUCCUCUUCUACCAGUCAAGAGACUAAAACUGAAAUGAUAAAUGUGUACAAAUAAAAAAGGGAUCAAGGUUAUGUCCCAAGGACAUCAGUGACAGCAGAAACAAUUCCUCAUCAUUGCUGUAGGACCAUGAGAGAUCCAGCAGGGAGAAGAAAGAUUUACCUCUGCCAUUUCUUGGAGGAUGAGUGCUGACUUCCAUAACAAGAAGAGCUUUUGCUCUGAUUUUCUUUCUGGGCUUUUUUUUACAUUGCUAGCUUCCAAAAUCUGGGUUACCUCUACUUGAAACCUGGCUGCUUAUUUGUUCAAGAACUGAAGAAAGGUUUUAAAAGUAGCAUUGUGGAAUUCUUUACCAUUCAGUGUCAGCCUGAGGCUAUACCUUGGAGUCUAUCAUCGUCAUUUUUCUGUAUUUUAGCAGAAUGAUUUCAAUAUUCAGUGUCAGCUGAACACAUAUUUUGAGAUAUGAGCAGCAGCCAGUUGCUGGAUAUUUUUGGUGACUCAGACAUGCGAAACAGUACAGUGCUAAAACAUAUUGGAAACGUCAAGUCUGUAAUUUUUAAAAAGGUAGACAAAAAGCUAUUUCUGCAGCAUUAUAAAUUCCUCAGUAUGUAUCAUCUUGGUUUUAGAUAACACUAAUAGCACUCUUUUUUUGUAUAUUGUUAACUUUUACUUCCUAUUCCCCCCUCCAGAAGAUGUAAUUUUUUUCCACAUUUAACCUAAUCUGUUGUACUUUUUAAUUUUUUAAGCAAAAGUUUGACUCUCAAAGCCACAAUGCUGCAAAUUCAAGGGGAGCAAAGAAGCAGUUGAGCUUUUAAAAGUGCAUGUCUUGCAACCAGUUGUUAUAGAAAGUUUAAAGUUACAGUAUUUCUUGGAGCUAUUGCAUAAGCCAAAAGUGCCCUCUUCUGAAACAGGAUCUGUUCAGCAUUUCAUUCAGUAUAUAGUAAACAGAUGCAGGACCAUAUCUGCCUAUGAUAAUACCCAGAAGCAGCACUAAUUGUGAAGAGUUAACCAAGGAAAACAUUAUUUACAUAACUAAUCCAGUUGUUCCUAGUCUUUGAAAUAAGAAAUUUCCAUUAAGGAAGAAAAACAAACAAAGGUUAACAUACACUACCUUGCAAAGAGUUCCUCUUCAUCUUGUUGGGUACAUUAGUUUUGACAUGUGAAUCAUUGCCCCUGAAAAUGCUCUCUGAUUUGAUAUGCCACUAUAGGCCUUGCUUAACAGGGGAAAGGUAUGUUAGUCUUAUGAAGACUGAAUUUAAGUAACUAUCCAUUACAAAUGUAUAUAGUAUAAUCUCAAGGAUAAUUAGAAAGAAAAGAUUAAAGGGAUUUUAUAAGGAAUCUCUGAAACCCUUUAUGUAAUUUUCUUUUUGAAAAGUCCUUUUACAGUGCCAAAGCUUGUCAUAGCUGGCUCUAAACCAUGAGUGGAUAUUGAUAUUUUCCUUUCUUCAUCUUGUUAAAUAACACCAAAGCUGUCUUCUACCUUGUUGGUCUUAGUACAGCAUUUCGUAGUACGCACUGGUGAUUGUUAUCUAUGAGGACAUUUAAUUUAUGCAAUUCUGUGAUUUGUACGGGAUAAAUAGAAUAUUUUACCAAAAUAUUGUCCUCAUGAAGACAACCCAUCAUAUACAUGCAGUCCUUUAUGGUGGCUGUACUCAUUAUCUGUUGUUCCCUUUCACAACUGGAAACCUCCUGUUAGCAAUUAAUUCCUUUCUUUAAAAUGGAAAUUAGUAAAUAUUAGCAUAUUACAAUUGGUUACAAGUUCCAUCCCCUCCCACCUCUCCUUCUCGAGAAGAAAAAGUAUGGACAGUCAAUUCCUGAUUUUUAUUAUGCAAAGUACUCUCAUUUUCAGAGAUUUAAUCAGUAACCGUAAAACCUUUUUUGUCAUCUUGUUGUUCCUACUUGUGUGAAAAUUGCUCUUGGUUAGCAAUCCUCUCCACUUGUUCGCUGGAAAACCCAGAGCCCCCGGAUAGUGACACUAACAGAAAUCUGUCAUCAGUAACUCUUGCAAAAAGAGAGCGCACUGAGUUUAAAAAACAAAUCUAAACAGUAAACACAAAAAAGUGAUGCAGAACACUAUACAUGUAUUUUGUAUAUCUGGUGAAACAUUUUUACAAAUAAAAUAUCUGAUUUGAGAGAGAUAAUAUUGAAAGAAUAUAUACUAUAGAUUAAAAGAAGAACUGUUAAAAGUGCACUUUUGCUACAGAUUUAUAAGGAAACUAAAUGGGAUUAAAUUGGAAGAGAAUGGUGUGAUGUUACUUCUGUAUAAUUAAUGACCCCACCUGUCUCCAAUAAAGGUCAUGUAUGUUCACAGGCACAUGGCCCAAAUGUUUUUUCUUGAAUGGUGUGAAUAUCACUCGAAGAUGAAAAAUAAAAGUAAUUGGUUAGUUUUGACAAGA